AAACAUGGAAUUUCCCAUCCCAGAGGCUCAAUACUGGGACGUUUCCAAGAAGUCCCAGAAAGAUCGUCAGAUGAUUCGGAAAUUCGUUCCCGAUGCCGUCGAUCUGGCCACUAUUAGUCGCGGAGAGAUUUACAGGAUCGAUACCUUCUAUUUGGAGUGUCAGAAGUACAGGGAUCAUUAUCGUGACCCCUACGGCAAGGUGCAUUGCCCGCCAUUCUUCCACUUGCAUAAGGGAAAGUGCGGAAUCAAAUUGGACCAGAGCCUGGCCCAGAUGACACAGGCGAUCGCUGGAAAUGUGGACCGCCAGCCAAUAGUGUUUCCCCUGAUUCCGAACAAAAGCAUGUUUUUGGGAGGCAGCAUUCCAAUGGGGUCACAUACCUCCAAAAUUGGCGUCACAAGCUACCUGAGAUGACGUAUUUGUACAUGUUUUAUAGCAAUAACUUAAUUAUAUGCUACAGAUCCUUUUUCUAAU